GUUAGGUAUGGUUGUGUGGAAAAAAUAAUUAGGUGCAAUUAAUGUGUUUUGUGUGGUAGUAAAUAAUCUUAGUUUAAUUAAGUAGCUUUCAUUUGGUUUGCUAUAAAUACCCAAGUCCCCAAGCCUUGUAAAUCAUCCAAAGGAAAAACAAAGCUAAGUGCUAAAUAAGAAAAGCUUUGCUAAUUAGUGUUUUUGUGAGCUUUCUUUAGAGUGUGCUUUAUUUUCUUCUUCUUGGAAUAAUUAGAGUUAUCUUGUAUACUCUUUUUGUUCAACAAGAAAUUGAAAGCAUACCCAUGACUGAACCUCACCAAGCAGUUUCAAAACCUUAAUUGUUCCCUAAUUUUUCCUAAUUAACCUUUUCUCUUGUUUGCUCAAUUAGCUGUCAUGCAUCCACUAAUGGCGUUAAAAUUCAUACCAAAGCUCAGCGCUCCAUCCAUGUUUUUCGUCAUGGUUAUUCUAGCCAUGACUACAUUUCCAGCGAUCCGAGCCACUCACGAGUUCAAGGAAACCCACCUGUCUUUCUACGCUCAUGACUUCUUAUCUGGUGCAAAUAUCACAGAUGUUGCGUUUGCAGGUAUUCCCGGCAAGACUUGGAACUACAAUCAAUUUGCCACUGUUUAUGCGGAGGAUGCCCCUUUAACGGAGGGCAUGGACCUAAAAUCCGCCUCCGUUGGCCGGAUACAAGGCAUGUUUAUGGUAUCGUCAUUGGAUGGACGUAAUUCCUACGAUAUGUUAUCAAUUUUAUUCACAAACAAGAAGUACAAUGGAAGCACUCUACAGAUACAAGGAAUUGAUAAGCAAUUCGAGCAACAUAGAGAAUUAUCGGUUGUUUCAGGUACCGGAAAGUUUCGAUUUGUUCGAGGAUUUAUUACGUGUAAUACGGUUUUUGUGGACAUUCCAAAUGCAUAUUUUGUUACACAAUGCAACGUUACAGUAAAAAACACUACUAGCAAAGAAUCACGUAUGUUGGUUAUACUAUGUAUCUAUGAUGAAACACUAUUAGCAAAAAAUUACGUGUAUUGGUUAUACUAUGUAUCUAUGAACAUUUAGUUCAUGUUCUUAUUUUUAUCAUAUGCUUAAUUAUGUUUGGUUAUGAGAAUUAGUUAUCGUUUAUUAUGAAUAAAAUCUUGUUAAAUUAACCUU